GUCGAAUCCCGCUCCCCCCAAACCCACGGGCCUGGUAACAAGGAUGAGACAGCCAGACUACCCUUGGUGGUCAGUCUAGACAGUUGGACAGGUACUACGUAGACUGUUUGACACCACCUCGGGCUGCCCACCUCGGGACGCAUCCUGGCAUCCAGUUCCUAUCCCAUCCGCCUGUGCGCAGCAGACAGCAAGCAGACAAGCGCGCUCCCGCUUCCUAUUGCAGCUGAAAGGAGAGGCAUCCUACAUAGCACAUACAUCUCUCUGGCCCGAAUCGACUUGGCCUGGCUUGACUUUUUGUCUGUUCCCCACCGCCGACGACCACCCUCACAUGGCCCCUCGCCUGCCGUUUUUCUUCGCCUCACACGCCCGAAUAUCGAUUAGAUCAUCGCCGACCUGCUCCAGGCCACCAGCCCCUCAACGUCCGCACUCCCCCGCCCUGUCAGCCCACGCUCCGCCUUGCCCCCCUAGCUAGACGGAACCCCUUCCGGUAUCCACGACGCCCUCUCGCUUCCGCGGCACCGCCGCCGUUCGGCCCCCGAGUCGACGGCACUCGCCCAUCACAUCUUCUGCUGCCCGGCUCCGGACGCCACUCGGCCCUGCGGUACAACCCUCGCCUCCCCGCCUGCCCAAGGGCUGGCUCGUCGCGCCCUCGCCAUGUCCACGUCGCCAGAGACGGACACGGCCAUGAAUGGCGUCGAGGAUGCCGAUGACACCCUCGCCGGCCAGGUGGAAACUAGCGGCCCGCCGACCACCGGCGCUGCCCCCCAUCCACCCAACAAUGCUGAUGUACCCAAGCCCAAGCGCCUGGCAUGUAUGAUAUGCAGGAAGAGGAAGCUCAGAUGCGACGGCACCCGCCCCCGUUGUAGCACAUGUACGAGGUUGGGUCACGACUGCGCCUACGACGAGGUCCGGCGGAAGAGCGGCCCCAAGCGUGGAUAUGUCAAGGCUCUGGAGGAACGGCUGAAACAAGUCGAGACUCUGCUCAAGACACAAGAUCCGCCCGCUGUCCCCAAGCCAGUCGUGCAUGUUGCUGCCCCUCCCGCACUCAAUUCCGAUCCCAAGGUCAACGACAGCCUCUCAACACCCAACAACCUCAUUGUCAAUGACCCUUCUAUCAGCCUCUCUGCUGGGGGUGACAUAGACCGGUGGAAUUUCAACGGGGACAACUCCCCCCAACCUCCACAGCCCGCCGACACCUUCGACUUCAAUGCUAUACCAAUGCAGAACAGCUUUACCUGGGAGAUGAUCGGCCUGGGUCUGGAAGAGCCUCUCCCUCCCCAAGAGUCUAUUGAUGAAUUCCACCAGAUAUACUUUGAGAAAGUUCACCCUUCCAUGCCCAUGAUACACAAAUAUCGCUACCUCGCAGCUAUGAACUUAGCGCCAAGUCAGCGGCCACCUGUUUGUCUUAGGUAUGCGAUAUGGACGCUUGCUUGUUCGGUAGCAGACAAGUUCGCCGAUUUGAGAGACCUGUUCUACCAGCGAGCCCGCAAGUACGUCGAGGCCGACUACGUCAAAGGUUUUGGUGAACACCUGAUCUCGGUCGCCCAUGCGCAGACCCAUGUCUUGCUUGCCGAGUAUGAGUUCAAGAUGAUGUACUUCCCGAGGGCCUGGAUGAGUACCGGUUCUGCUGUUCGGCUCUGUCAGAUGAUGGGACUGCAUCGUCUAGACGGUGCUGGGUUAGACGUCAAGCAAUGCAUUCCCCCGCCCCGGGACUGGACUGAAAGAGAAGAAAGAAGGCGGACCUUCUGGAUGGCCUUCACUGAGGAUAGGUACGCCAGCAUUGGUACAGGGUGGCCCAUGACCAUCGAUGAGAAGGACAUCAUGAGCAAUAUGCCUGCUUCCGACGACGCCUACGAUAUGAGCCGACCGGAGCAAACACAGACCCUCGCAGACUCCAUGACCCCUGCCGGGGCCGGUAGCAUUUCCACAAUGGGCGGUGUCGUCCUGAUGGCAUGCUUGUUCGGUCGCAACCUCCUCCAUCUCCACCGGCCGGACGUCGAUGACCGCGACCACGACCUCAAUGGCGAGUUCUGGAAACGACAUCGAAAUCUGGACAACAUCCUUCUAAACACGUCUCUCUGCCUUCCGGCUCACCUCAAACUGCCUGCGGGUCUAACAAACCCCAACGUCAUCUUCACAAACAUGUGCAUACACACAUCCACCAUCUGCCUCCACCAAGCCGCCAUCUUCAAGGCGGACAAGAACAGACUGCCGGCCUCUGUGAGUGCCGAGAGCAAGGUCCGUUGUAUCACCGCAGCAAACGAGAUUGCGAGUACCAUGAGGACGAUUUCACAUAUAGACCUCUCUACGGUCAACCCAUUCACCUCCUUCUGCCUCUAUGUUGCCGCGAGAGUCUUCGUGCAGUACCUCAAAAGUCGACCUGACGACAGCCAGACUGUCGAUUCACUUCGGUUUCUCCUUGCAGCAAUGGGAGCCCUGAAGAGGCGGAACCCUUUGACCGAGUCCUUCCUUGUCCAGCUUGAUGUCGACUUGGAAGCCCUCGGUGCGCGUAUACCCAAGCUGAGGGCAGCUUUCCCAAGAAGCACAUUGGGCCAAGAUGGAGGCUAUCCAUGGCCUGGCAAAACCCCACCGGGUGCGAAGUGCGACGAGGGGGUUGAUAAUCACGGUAUAUUCGCGCAGAGUGGUUGUAAUUACAUGAAAUCCAGCGACGCCAAUGGUGACCUGGUCGGCGGUCCCGACAUCGUUGAUGCGGACCCAAGCCGUUCCAGCAAUCAGACCAACCCGGCGAAUAUGCCCGGAGCAAACACUCGAUGGCCAAACACGGGCCCUGCGGGGUACAUGGAUCGGUUGCGGUCUGGAAACGCCCACUCUUUCGGUUCUGGUAUGUUACGUGGUUAUGGAAAUGAGGGAAGUUCCGGAGACAUGUCGGCGUCACCAGACGCGGGACUCGCAUCUGACAGGCCGACGCCAAACUCCAGCACAUCUGCAUCUGACCGGCACAACGGCAGCAGCAAUGGCUUCACGGCCAACAGCAAUCGAUCUGGCAGGAACUCAUUCGAAGCCAGCCCGGCGUCAUCCACGAACAACCUCAACAACGGCAACAACAAUUCACGGGCGCAGCAAGACCAGCUACCGACCGGGAACAUCGAUGCGUUUUUCCAAAACUUGCCCGGCAGCGAUUUCACUACUGGCCUGACGCCCGGCCAGCAGUUCACGAUGCCAGACACUCCGGGCAAGACCCCAGGCGGCGGCGCUGCGGGCUCAAAUGCGGGAGACUUCAAUUGGGAACAGUUUACUUCCGGCACGACCGGCAUGACGCCUGUCUCCGAAGGCGUUCUAAGGACGAUGCUACAGAUGGGGCCCAUGGAGACAAUGGAUAUGGGAUGGGAUGCACAGCCCUGAUCGGGCUGGAUGCUGGAUAUUUGGUGUUUAAUAGGUGUUGGGGAAAUCUGAGUAAGCUCAUCAUGGCGUGGGAACCGCGCGGUCAUUUUGGACCCGGUGACAGUGGUAUUUGGGAUGAGCACAUGGAAGUCAGUCGACUUGGCGUUUAUGUUCAAUUUUUGUUUCAUCUUGACUGCAGCGUUGCUCAAGUCUCUCCGGCGGGUGGGUAGCAUGGAAGAUAUGGCGGUCGAACGGUAUGGGUCAUCCUAUUUGUUUUUUUUUUUUUUGUUUUUUUUUGGAAACCGAAUCUGCACGAUAUCCGGCUUGGCGAAAAAUUGGGUGAAGGAUGGAAAGCUAUUUCUUCAUCUAUAUUUUAUGUACAUUACUCCGGGACAUAAUCCCUCAUUUUGGGAGAGUUAGGGCCGCGGACAUCCCACUCCACGACAGCGAAUCUUUUGCUAUAAAGGCAAAUUCGGACACGCAAUGAUUCUAGUCACAUUGCUUCCACAUUAUAAGUUGCAUCGUGUGUCUGUAUU